AUGUAAUAAUAAUAAUAAUAGCCAAGAUAAAGAACAAAAGAGAGAUUUGUUAAUGAAGCAAUGAAUUUAGUUAAAUUAUGGAGGUUUUGUUCAUUCCAUCAUAAAGUAGAUAAGUUUAUUAAACUGAAAUCAAAAUAGUGGAUGGUAGAAGUGUUCGAAUCACUUUAGAUUAAGCUGCAGAAUUAGUAGGCUGUCCACGAAAAACAUUAGAAGAUUAUUAUUAUCUAUUAAGGAAAGCUGAGACUUUAGGUAUAUAUUUAUAAAUUUAAGUUUUAGUUAAUUUAGAUGAAAAGAGAAAUGAAAAGAUGGGUUAUAUUAGAAAAUUAUGUAGAGAGAAUAAAAAAUAUAAAUAAUUAAUAAAAUAGGAAUAGGAAUGUUACCAAAUUAAUUAAUUUUAAUUUGAAGAUAACAUUCAUGAUGAUUGA